AAAGACUUCCAUGUUGAUGAGAUGACAACAGUGCAGGUGCCCAUGAUGAGGCGGAUAGGAAUGAAACAGUACCUGAAGGAUAAGCAUGUGCCCUGCUCUGUGCUACAGCUGGAUUAUAAUUAUGAUGCCAAGAUGCUCUUCAUCCUUCCUGACCCUGGCAAAAUGGAGGAAGUGGAAGCCUCCUUGACUCCACAAGUGCUGGAAGAGUGGAAGCACUCUCUAGAGAACAGCAAAGAUUACAAGAUCAUUGAUUUUUACCUGCCCAAGUUCUCCAUCUCGGCCACGUACCAGUUACAGCAGCUCCUGCUUCCCUUGGGGUUCACCGAACUGUUCUCCCCAAGUGCUAAUUUUUCCAACAUCAGCGAGCAGCAGAACAUAAAUGUGUUGCAGGGCUUCCACAAGGCCAUGCUGGAGGUGAAUGAGCGAGGACCUAAGGCCGGUCCACACACUGGCUUCCACGUGUUUCGCAUGUCUUCUCUUCGAUACCCCUCCAUAACUUUCAACCGUCCCUUUGUCACUAUUAUCUACUCAAACAACACUAACGACAUCUUAUUUAUGGGCAAGGUGGUGAACCCCACAAUCUAG